UGUUUGUCCGCCGUAUCUCCAUUUUAUUUGAAUUCCUUCUUCUUCUUCUUCUCCAUCUCUAUAAAUUCCUUCCCAUUCCCUUCACCAUUCUCAAGCUCUGUAACUCACCAACAAUGGCGGUCGCUUCCAGACCCACUCUCACAGACCUUCACAUCCCCAAGCUAUGGAAGGACAGAGACACUACCAGCCCCGAACGCACCAAAGUCUGGACCGAACCCAAGCUCCGUUCCGACAGAAAAGUCCCCGUCGUUUACUAUCUCUCCCGCAAUGGCCUCCUCGAACACCCGCAUUUCAUGGAGGUUCCUCUUUCCUCCUCCGAAGGCCUCUAUCUCCGAGAUGUUAUCAAUCGUCUCAACGUUCUUCGUGGAAAUGGAAUGGCUAGUGCGUAUUCCUGGUCUUCCAAAAGGAGCUACAAGAAUGGGUUUGUGUGGCAUGAUUUGUCUGAGAAUGAUUUCAUUUAUCCAUUGCAUGGUAAGGAAUAUGUUCUCAAAGGAUCUGAGCUUCUUCAUUCAUCUUUAGAAUGUCGAGUUCAAGGAUCGGAAUCUUCUAGGUCUUUAAGGCCACCACCGGAGAUUCAUAAACUCGGUAGCGAAGAUUCCGAUUCUCCGAUCCUCUCUCGCCGACGGAAUCAAUCAUGGAGUUCCGUCGAUUUCCAUGAGUAUAAAGUCUACAAGACUGAUUCUAGCUCUGAUUCGUCGGCUAAAGCUGCUGCGGCGGAUGCUUCUACUCAAACUGAAGAGAAGCACCGGCGGAGGAGACGAGCGGCGAGGGAGGAAGAGAAAGAAACAGAGGAAAUAAACCCUACGGCGAGUACAGAGCUGAGUAGAGAAGAGAUUUCUCCUCCGCCGUCGGAUUCAAGCCCUGAAACUCUCGAAUCUCUGAUGAAAGCUGAUGGACGCUUGAUCAUUUCCGAAGGCGCAAAAGUCAAUCGGACGGCAGAGAGUUUUCCAAGCGGGAGAAUGAAGGCAUCAGCGGUUCUGAUGCAAUUGAUUUCAUGUGGUUCAAUCUCCUUCAAAGACUGUGGAGCUACAUCAAUGGAUGAUCAAGAAUUAGCCCUCGUUGGUUCCUGCAAACCCAGAGCCCUUCACGGUGGUGGGAAAGAAGGAGCAAGAGGGACAUCAAUGGAAAUAGUGGGUUUCUCAGGGGUAAGAUUGGAAGAGAAGGAAUAUUUCAGUGGGAGCUUAAUUGAGACCCAGAAAGUGAAGGAAGCUCCAAUAGGUCUGAAGAGAUCAUCUUCUUACAAUGCAGAUAGGGGUUUGCAGUUGCAAAUGUCGGAGAAAGAGCUCGAUGCAGCACGAGCAAAAUGCAUACCGAGAAAGCAGAAGACAACAACGACGAAGGAGACUAACAACAACAUAAGCGACGGGCCUUCCAUCACUACGAGCAAUAGUCAACAUGGAAGCAAAAGACUGGACAUAGAGCGACAAUGAGUGGAUCGAGAUAGAGAAAUAAACUCAAAUACAGAAUCCCUCCAUUUCUGGCAGCUUCUGAAACUCAAAAAACAAAGAGAAAGGAAGAAAAAACCAGGCAGUGCACCCUUGUAUUCAAAUGAGAAAAAGAAGAAGCAUUGUAAAAUGAGAAAUUUGAUUAGUUUAUUUGGGUUAGGAGUCAACAUGGGUGUAAGUGUAAGUGGUGGGGGUUGAAUUAUUUGCAUUAAUGUUGAUGAAAGAGGAGCAUUAAUCUCGAAUGUGGCAACUUUUGUUUGACCAAAACUAAAAAUUGAACAUUGGAAUUGCUAAAGAGGAGGGUUUACUUUUUAUAGUUUUGAGUAAAGAAGAAUAGAAUAGUAGGUGGUCACGGGUUAGAAGUAGUAUUGUAGGGGCGUCGGCAGUGCAAGGGCCGACAGUUGCCAUAUUGGAGAAAAGAAGACGUGACUUGUCAAAUGAGUUUUUUCUUUUUUUUUAAUUAUUAUUAUUUAUAUUACUCUGGGCGAUCAUUUGUGAUCAAGCAUUUGGAUGAGUCGGAUGUAGUAAAGUAUUUUUAUUUUUAAAAAUAAUGGUACUAAAAUUGUGUUUGUUAUC